UUUUUAUCUCUCCUUCUUUCCAGGAGUCAGAUGGUGGCUUGUAUAUUUGCAUGAACACGUUCCUGGGCUUUGGGAAGCAAUAUGUGGAAAAGCACUACCAGAAAACAGGCCAGCGGGUCUACCUGCACCUCAAAAGAACACGUAAACCGAAGGAAGAAGACACCAACUCCAGUGCUGGGGACCCCCCAAGGAAGAAACCAACUCGCUUGGCUAUUGGUGUAGAAGGUGGAUUUGACAUCACAGAGGAAAAGUUUGAAUAUGACGAAGAUGUAAAAAUAGUAAUUUUCCCAGAGCAAUUGGAUAUUCCUCGUGAUGGGCUGGAGGGAAUACCAGACAAGGUCAGAGACAGGAUUGCCAGUGCAGUCGAGGCCAUCCUGACAGCAGAUUCAGCGUCACGGAAGCAGGAGGUACAGGCAUGGGAUGGGGAGGUUCGACGUGUUUCCAAACACGCUUUUUCCCUGCACCAACUUCAGAAUGAUGUCCGCAUCCCACCGUGUGGCUGGAAAUGCAGCAAGUGUGACAUGAGGGAGAACCUGUGGCUGAACAUGACUGAUGGAGCCAUCCUCUGCGGUCGGCGCUAUUUUGAUGGCAGUGGUGGCAACAAUCACGCAGUGGAGCAUUACCGGGAAACUGGCUACCCACUGGCUGUGAAACUGGGAACAAUUACUCCUGAUGGGGCAGACGUCUACUCCUAUGAUGAGGAUGAUAUGGUGUUGGAUCCCAACCUGGCAGAACACCUUGCUCACUUUGGGAUUGACAUGCUCAAGAUGCAGAAGACAGACAAGACGAUGACAGAGCUGGAAAUAGACAUGAACCAGCGCAUUGGGGAGUGGGAGCUCAUCCAGGAGUCUGGCGUGCAGCUCAAGCCCCUGUAUGGGCCUGGGUACACUGGUAUCCGUAACUUGGGCAACAGUUGCUACCUCAAUUCUGUGAUGCAGGUGCUGUUCAGCAUCCCAGACUUCCAGAGAAAGUAUGUGGACAAGCUGGAGAAGAUAUUUCAAAGUGCACCUUCGGACCCCACACAGGACUUCAGCACACAAGUAGCCAAACUGGGCCAUGGACUGCUUUCUGGGGAGUAUUCAAAGCCAGCUUCUGCAGAUGGGGAACAGCAGCCUGAUCAGAAGGGUAUGCAAAAUGGCAUUGCUCCACGUAUGUUUAAGUCCCUCAUUGGAAAGGGACACCCAGAAUUUUCCACUAACCGGCAGCAGGAUGCACAGGAAUUCUUUCUGCACUUCAUUAACAUGGUGGAGAGGAACUGCCGCAGCUCGGAGAACCCCAAUGAGGUCUUCCGUUUUCUGGUGGAGGAAAAGCUGAAGUGCCUGGCCACAGAAAAGGUGAAAUAUACCCAGCGUGUGGACUAUAUUAUGCAGCUGCCUGUGCCCAUGGAUGCUGCACUCAACAAAGAUGAACUACUGGAAUAUGAGGAGAAGAAGCGGCAGGCAGAGGAAGAGAAGCAGCCCCUGCCUGAGCUGGUGCGAGCCAAGGUGCCUUUCAGCUCCUGCUUAGAGGCCUAUGGAGCUCCAGAGCAGGUGGAUGAUUUCUGGAGCACAGCCUUGCAGGCCAAGUCUGUGGCUCUCAAAACGACACGGUUCGCCUCUUUCCCGGAUUAUCUGGUGAUCCAGAUCAAGAAAUUCACUUUUGGUCUGGACUGGGUGCCCAAAAAGCUCGAUGUCUCCAUUGAAAUGCCAGAGGAGCUGGAUAUCUCUGCACUGCAGGGAACAGGGCUGCAAGAUGGAGAAGAAGAAAUGCCAGACAUCGCACCCCCACUGGUGACACCAGACGAGCCCAAAGCACCCAUGUUGGAUGAGUCAGUGAUUAUCCAGCUAGUGGAGAUGGGCUUUCCCAUGGAUGCCUGCCGCAAAGCUGUGUAUUACACAGGGAACAGUGGGGUUGAGGCUGCCAUGAACUGGGUCAUGUCACAUAUGGAUGAUCCAGACUUUGCUAACCCAUUAGUUCUCCCUGGAUCCAGUGGACCAGGGUCAACUAUUGCCUGCCCAGACCCUCCUUCAGAAGACAGUGUGGCCACCAUUGUCUCCAUGGGUUUCUCCCGGGACCAGGCUAUGAAAGCACUUAGAGCCACGAACAACAGUCUGGAGCGUGCUGUGGAUUGGAUCUUUAGUCACAUUGAUGACCUUGAUGCAGAAGCUGCUAUGGAUAUCUCAGAGGGGCGCUCGGCAGCUGAGUCCAUCUCUGAAUCUGUCCCCGUGGGUCCUAAAGUGCGCGAUGGGCCUGGGAAAUAUCAGCUGUUUGCCUUCAUCAGCCACAUGGGCACUUCGACUAUGUGCGGACACUACGUUUGUCACAUCAAGAAAGAGGGCAGGUGGGUGAUCUACAACGACCAGAAAGUCUGUGCUUCUGAGAAGCCCCCCAAGGACCUGGGCUACAUCUACUUCUAUCAGCGGAUUCCCAGCUAGAACAUCCUCUUUUCUGUGUGUGGUGG